AUGACUGGCCGUUUAAAAAAUCAAUGGAAAAAAUUACUUCCCGAUGCAAUAUCAUUCGAUCAUCAUCAUCAACAACAACAACGACAACAAGAGCAAGAACAACAAGAACAACAACAACAAGAGCCUGAACAACAACAACAACAACAAGCUGAACAACAACAUUCAUCAUCAGUGCAGGAUAGCAGUAGUAGUAGUAGUGGUAAUAGUGCAAGUACACCUGCACAUUCACCUGUAACUGCAAUUUCAAGUGCAACUGCAAGUGAUUCGUUCGGUUUGAAAGCAACAAAAGAAAAGCUAAAAAAUAUUGGCUUACCAUCAAAUUUUCGAAAAUUAAGAAUGAAGUUUUUACGACAUAAAAAAGAAAGCAUUGGUAUUAAAGAAGAAAAUACGGAAUUUGAAAAGGUAGCUGUACGGCAACGACCGGCAAAAAGUAAGAAAAAAAAACAAAGCGUGCUAAAAUGGAAAGAGGGUGCAAAACCAGUUUCCAUCUCCGCUGAUGAAAGCAAAAAAAAA